AUUUGACCUCCCUCCACUACAAUAGAUGGCGCUGUGCUCUUGUAGUUUUCCAAACUACAUCUGAUACAAAGAAGAAAAAUACACACACGACAUGUGGGAAACACGAUAGCGUUACUUAAGUUUUAAUAAGGAUUUUGACUUUCUAAACGUUGAUUUAAUGUAAUAAGCAUGAUAUAGCAGAAAUACUCAACAGUUCGUGUGACACAAGUGCGCGCUGUCUUUCUGUAAGGCUUCAAAACGAGUGGUUAGCAUUUGACCUCCGUUUGCGAGGGUAUUCUGAAAAAAUUUGUGUUGAAUUUAAUUUCAACAAAAACGUUUUUAUCAUGAAUCUCAGCGUGACUCGCAAGUGUUAUAGUAGAGUUCGUUUGUUUCGGAAUAAGGCGGCUGUCUACCAUUGCAGAAGACUGUCAGAUGUUCCCAUCUCCUCUGAUGACAGUCAGCCCAGCCCUGAGGAGAAGCCCAGGAGAACACGCAGAGCUCCGGGGAAAGCGUCUGUCCUUCUGUUCCCUGGCCAGGGCAGUCAGUUUGUCGGUAUGGGAAAAGGACUCUUGAAGUAUGGAAAUGUCAAAGAGAUGUUUGCUGUAGCUGAGAAGGUGCUUGGCUAUGACCUGCUGUCUCUGUGCCUAAAUGGACCCGAGAAAGAUCUGAUGAAGACUGUUCAUUGCCAGCCAGCUGUGUUUGUCUGCUCACUGGCUGCCGUGGAAAGACUGAACCAUGAAAAUCCUGCUGCUAUUGAGAGCUGUGUGACUGCAGCAGGUUUCAGUGUUGGUGAAUUUGCUGCUUUGGUCUUCUCUGGUGCAAUGAACUUUGCAGAAGCUUUGUUUGCAGUAAAGGUGAGGGCAGAGGCAAUGCAGAAGGCCUCUGACCUCGUAUCUAGUGGCAUGUUGUCUGUGAUUGGCCGACCUCAAGCCAACUACAAAUACGCCUGCGUCCAAGCUAGGGAGCACUGUUUGUCUCUCGGUAUCCAAGAGCCUGUGUGUGCCAUUGCCAACUACCUUUUUCCAGAUGGCAGAGUAAUAGCUGGCCACAAAGAGGCUUUGGAUUUCCUUCAAAACCAUUCCAGAGAGCUGAACUUCACGAGAACGCGACUACUGCCGGUUAGCGGAGCCUUUCACACCGCACUGAUGGAGCCAGCGGUCGAGCCUCUGAGAGACGUCCUCCGAAAGAUAGAGGUACGGCGGCCAGAGAUCUCUGUGCACUCCAAUGUGGACGGCAAGCGUUACAUGCAUGACAAGCACGUAUGCAAUCAGCUGGCCAAACAGCUGGUGUCUCCGGUGAAAUGGGAGCAGACGCUGCAUGAGAUUUAUGAAAGAGCCCAGGGACAGGAGUUUCCUCACACCUAUGAGGUGGGACCUGGAAGACAAUUGGGCUCAACGCUACAUAAGUGCAACAUGAAAGCCUUUAAGAACUAUACGAAUGUGGAUGUUGUAUUGCUAUAGAACUGAUGUGCAGUAAAACAUGUUACAUUUGGUUUUCUUCUUUCAGAUAAAUACAAAAAAGCCAAACACUUUGUUUUCUUUUUAAAAAAUGUAUUGCGCUUGUUGGUUUGGAAAGUCCAGCUUCCUUUGGUAGUGCAGAAAUGCUUUUAGAGGAAGAGGUAACAAUUCAUUGGCCCAAUUAUCCAGCAACAGACCCAAAACACACACUAAAAAACAAUCUUUAACUUGCAAAAUCCUGCACAUAUAUUAACUUAUAUAUGUGAACCAGCACUUCAUUCAAAUCAGUUAUAAAAGAGAAUUUAAAAUAAGCAGUUUUCUU